CCUGCGAAGUAGCCACCUAAGCUUAAAGUAUCAGCUGCUCUCUCUCUCUCUGUGGAAAAAGGAAAACAAGCCCAACCCAUCAUAUCUGAUCACUGGAUUGUUUGUGUUGUGAAUCAGCAUGGCAAGCAGCAACAAUGGAAGCGGAGGAGAAGAAGGUCAGCCGCUGGAGAAAUUGGCGGAGCUUAGCAAAACCCUAAAAGAAGGGGAGAGGCUUCUGGCGCCAACCCGACGACCCGACGGUACGCUCCGUAAACCCAUCCGCAUUCGGGCUGGAUAUGUUCCCCAAGAGGAAGUCGCCAUUUACCAAUCCAAAGGUGCUUUGUGGAAAAAGGAGAUGGCCUCAGCGGCUGGACCUCCGGGUUAUGAUGUUGCUUCCGUUGAUACAGCGAAACCCAAGACUAAGUCUGUAAAGAGGAACGAAAGAAAAAAGGAGAAGCGGAUACAGGCUGCUCUUGAAAAGGAGAAAACCUCGGAAAGUGGGGAAACUAAGGAAGAAGUUGAAAAUUUAGGUCAUGUAUCAGAAUAUGUCGAGUCAUUGGCAACACAGAUGAACGAGCUAGGUGUUUCUUCUAGUCCUUUAGUUACCCCUCCCUCUGAUUCAACAGAGGAUUCGAAUCCAGCGGGUCCAGCUCAAGACAUAGAUAAAAGAAUUCGAGCUCUUAAAAAGAAGAUUCGACUUGCAGAAGCUCAACAGCAGAAAACUAAUCAGCAAGAUAUCAAGUCAGAACAGUUGGAGAAGUUGACGAAACUGGAAGGUUGGCGUAAGGAGCUAAAGCUUUUGGAGGAUAAAAAGAACGCUGAGGCGGCCGCACUGUGAACAAGGGUUUGUGUUAGAACCAAUAGACCACGUUUCGUUUUCAGUUUAUGUUUUUCACUCAUGAAGACAUGAAUGCUGAUUUUAGAAAGAGGUUCAUCUCUUCAUACACAUUAUUUGGAAUGAACCUACUGGUCCAAAUCGAAGCCCUGCACGUGUACAAUGUGUGUUCGCUCCCUUGCAUCGAUCAACCUCUAGGCAAUAGUCAUUACCCUUAUUUAGUAAAAACACUAGAAAUUUAUGCUUGCUCGUUGUUGCGGGAUUGAAAAUUAUAUGAAAGAUUAUGCAACUUCAUUCUCUUCA